GCCAUCACCCACCUUGCCCCCCCUUCGUCCCCUGCCUGCUCAUUGCAGACACUGGGUACAAGCCCUGGCACACGACAAACGUUUGAACAAGGACCAGAGAGAGCGAGCAUCCAGUAGCACUCCCUUGGCACAGACUUUUGUACAAUCCUUGCAACAACAUCUAUCUAAGGACUCAACACAAACCACCCCAUCAUCCCACCUGGUCCGUGUCUUGUUUUAGCGUUCCAUAUCGCACAGACACUUUGUCACAAAACAUUGAUACGCCACGGCGUAGACAAGCACGGCAAUCUCAGCGACCCAAGGACUCGACGACGCCCCCCAGCAGCGACGUCCCAUCCUCGUCCGAGCGAAGCAGCAACUAGAUAACACGGAACUUGAGAUCGACACCUUCCUCCACUCUCUUCCCACGUGCCUAGAGCGACAUUGCAUCUCUGUUGCAGCAAUUUCUCAAGAGCACACAACACAUCUCUCUCUUCCUCCUCCCCCUCUCCCACCUCUAGACCUCACUCAUCAUGAAGUUUGGUCGCCGCAUCAAGGACUCGCGCUACUCUGAGUGGGCCGACAAGUACGUCAACUACUCUGCGCUCAAGAAGCAGAUCAAGUCCAACCUCCCAUGGACCGACACUGCCGAGGCAGAGUUCCUCGUCUCGCUCCGUGCCGAGCUUGAGAAGUGCGAGACCUUCCAGCGUGAGAAGGCGACCGAGAUUACCGACCGCAUCUCGCAGCUCGAGAAGGAGGUCCACCUCCUCGUCGCCCGCGCCGCCCUCGAGGACAGCUCCGACGAGGACACGGACGAGCACCACCCCCCGCGUACCGAGCGCGAAACCGAGGCCCAGGUCAGCGACUACCGCGACGACGAUGGCGGCUCGGACGACGAGGAUGAGGACGACGACGAGCCCCUCACCCUCGACGAGAUUGAGGAGCGCUUCAAGGAGCUCGAGGAGGAGGUCGCUGUUCUUGUUGCCGACGUCCACGACCUCGCCCUCUUCACCAAGCUCAACUUUACCGGCUUCAUGAAGAUUGUCAAGAAGCACGACAAGCUCACUGGCUUUGCCCUCAAGCCCACCUUCAACCAGGACUUCCUCGAGGAGCACCCCUUCUACAAGAUGAACUAUGACCCCGUCAUUGUCAAGCUUUCCAAGCUCUUCGACCUUGUCCGUACCCGUGGCCACCCUAUCGAGGGUGACUCGUCGGCCGGUGGUAGCCAGAACGCCUUCGUCCGUUCGACCACCAAGUACUGGGUCCACGAGGAGAACAUUGUUCCCCUCAAGCUCAACAUCCUCAAGCACCUCCCCGUGCUCGUGUUUGACCCCAACAAGGAGUUCAACAUCAAGGACUCGGCCAUCACCUCGAUCUACUACGACAACGAGGACCUCGAGCUCUACCUCGGCCGUCUUGAGAAGACUGAGGGUGCCGAGGCCGUCCGUAUGCGUUGGUACGGUGAUGUCGACGGCAAGGUCGUCUUCGUCGAGCGCAAGACCCACCGCGAGGACUGGACCGGCGAGAAGUCGGUCAAGGAGCGUUUCACCAUCAAGGAGGACAAGCUCAACGACUUCUGCUCCGGCAAGUACACCAUGGACGCCGAGUUUGACGAGCUCGUCAAGAAGGGCAAGAAGACUGCCAAGGACGUCGAGGCCAUGAAGCAGCUCGCCGACGAGAUCCAGUACGGCAUCAUCACCCGCAAGCUCCGCCCCGUCAUGCGCUCGUUCUACAACCGUACCGCCUUCCAGCUCCCCGGUAACGCCUCGGUCCGUAUCUCGCUCGACACUGAGCUCGCCCUCGUCCGUGAGGACAACUUUGACGGUGUCGACCGCACCCACGGCAACUGGCGCCGUACCGACUUUGGCAUUGACCACCCCUUCCCCACCGUCAAGGCCUCAGACAAGGAGCUCUUCCCCUACGCCAUUCUCGAGGUCAAGCUCGCCACCCGUGUCGGCGAGGAGCCUCCCACCUGGAUCAAGGACCUUGUCAACUCGCACCUUGUCGAGGCCGUCCCCAAGUUCUCCAAGUUCAUCCACGGCUGUGCUACUCUUCUUCCCGAGCGCGUCGACCUCAUCCCCUUCUGGCUCCCCCAGAUGGACCAGGACAUCCGCAAGCAGCCUUCGGCCCGCUCGCGUGUCAUGAUCGAGCGUCCCCACUCGGCGCCUCACUCGGCCGACAGCCAGUCCGGCCCCGCCUCGCCCCUCGUCUCGGGCGAGGCCUCGUACCACGAGCCCGUGUCCGAGGGCGAGGAGGACGAGUACCUCAACCACGCCGGCACCGUCGACGACGAGGACAAGCGUCUCCGUCUCCCUGCCGAGGCUGCCGCCGAGGCCAAGGCUGCUCGCGAGCACCGUGAGCGCACGGCCAACGACUCGAUCGACCAGGGCUCGGCCUUCACCCGCCCCGCCGCCGGCAAGUACGAGCGCGGCCUCCAGGUCGACCCGCUUGUCCCCGCCAGCCGCUUCGACAAGAGCCUCGACCUCAAGCUCCAGGCUGCCAUCGACCGUGAGGCUGAGGAGGACGAGAUGGAUGAGGAGGAGGCCAACCCGACCGUCGUCAUGACUCGGGAAUUCCGCGCUCCGGCUGGCAAGCUCAUCUCCGUUCCCAUCCGCAUCGAACCUAAGGUUAUCUUUGCAACCGAACGCACCUUCCUUAAAUGGUCCCAUAUGGCCGUGCUGCUGGCCAUGAUCAGCGUGGCUAUGGUCAACUUCACGGGGCCGGAUGACACCGUUGGGAUGUGGGCGGCGUUCUCGUACACCUUGAUUUCCCUCGCGGCAACAGCGUAUGCGGGUUGGCGGUACGCUUUCCGUGUGCUUGCCUUGCGCAACAGGCGCUCCGUCGAAUACCACGAUUCCUACGGCCCUGCCGGGCUCUGUGUUGCCCUGGUCAUCGCCUUGACCCUCAACCUGGCCCUCCGUGUUAGGGAGCUUUGAGAGCUGUAGAUGAGUGCAGCGCUGUCCUUAGGAGGCCAGCAGACC